AUGGCCACUGACAGGCUGCGGCGAGCGGUGGCGACAGGCACUGGGAGGUACUGGGAUCCAUACCUGGAGGCGCUGGGAGCUGAGCUGGGAGCGCUGGGAGCCGCCACGGAGCCCCCUGCGGCCGUUUUGUCUCCCUCCCCCCUCCCUCCCGGCGCCGUGAGGGGAAAGAGCGGGAAAGCCAGGCCGUGCUCUGAUUGGCCAGCGGCGUUUGGGCGGGAAGCGCUCAGCCUCUGCGCUCUGGCAGGCUCUGGGGGGUCUCACUCUGGGUUUCGGUGUCCCCUUUGGCUCGGCCCCCCCAGCCACGGCUCCAGGGGUCUGGGGGUAUCGAAAGGGCCUUUGGGGGCAUCUAAAGGCGUCAGGGCACACGCUCAGAGGACAGGUCCCUGGAUUGCAGUGCUGCUCCAAUGGCCUGUGGUGGCUGCAGGCAGCCGCGGCCCGGGGAGCCCAAGACUCAGCGUGUGGAAGGGUUGGGAGCAGCCCUGGGUGCCUGCAAGGAUUCGGGAGGCCCGAGCAGGUCUGAAACCCUGCCACGGAGAGGCACAGGCCCCGCAGCAGUGCCUGCAUUUCAGCAGCUGCCCAUCGGAGCUAAGCACAGCCUCGGCUCAGAGCUCAGGAGCAUGUCUGCUGGGCAGUGCUGGGGGCCAGGCGUCCCUCCUGUGUGUGCAUGGCCCACAUGGCAGCACCCUGCAGUCAGAGCUGACUGUGUGCACUGGAGGUGGAGUGUUGGAGUGGGAUCAGCUCAGAGCUCUGCAAGGUUUGCACUUUGCUUUCCACUCCACUGGCCAAGCCAGCCAGAUGUGCAGCAGCAGCAGGAUGGGCACGAGGGCCCCAGCUGCUGCGGUGAAUCCGUCAGCACGGACGCUGGUGCCGCUGCAGCCUGGCCCUGCAGCCUGGCAGGGUGAUCUCCUUUGGCUCGGCUCCUGUGGGCUCCAGAUGCUAACAGAGCAGCUGGAUGAGCAGAAAGCCUCUCUUGCAAAUGGUUAA